AUGGGACUGUCAUCUUAAAACUCAUUUUAAUUUGAUUUAUUAAUAAAUGCUGAUGAUAAUAAGUUCAAAAGAAUAACUUCAAAGGCCAAAAUAGAUCAAAAUACUAAAUAAAUACUAGCUCCUUUUAAUUAAAAUAAUGUACAUUGGUAUACUUUUUAAAUUGACUUCGAAUAAUCAGUUAUCACCAUAUAUGAUAGUAUGAAAAGAAGUAACUAUCCUUAAUUGUUCCACAAUCUUGUCGAAAUAGCAUAGAGAAUAAAGAACUAAGAAUAUGAACUAAAAGUCGCUAAUUGCCCAUAACAAAGCAACACACAUGAUUGUGGAGUUUUUACUUUAAAAAACAUAUGGAUAUUAUCGAAAUAUCCAAAAGCGAAGUUAUAAGGUUACUACGAUUAAUCAACAAUCUUUUAUGACAGAAUACUAAUUUGCAAUUCCUUAUUAAAGAAAAAGAUAUGA